UAACAUAGAAUUAAGAUAAAAUAAAAAUAUAAAUACGACUCCUGUCGAUAGUUAUAUUAAAAUGGUAAAAGUUAGAUUAGUAAAAUUACGCUAUUACCUUCCUCCAGGUGUUCGGAGUGCUCUCGAGAUCGUGUAUUUGAGAAUUAGAUCAAAUACACCGUACAAUAUAAUUUUAUGGAAAAAAGCACAUAGAAUGUAUUAACUGCAAUCAACAUAAAAUAUUAUAUUAUAUGCCUUACCUGAUUCGCAGUUGUUUGUAGAUAAUAUUGUAGGAGUUUUAGGUUUUAGAUAAAACAAAGUAAUACUUCAAAUACACAAAUUGAAUUAACGAACGCACUGAUUAUUGCUUGCAUAAGAGGUCCAGUUGUCGCUCGUUGAAAUCGGUUUCUUUGGUACUUGAGAGGUUGUUACUCUGGUGGUUGGUGCUCAUGCACUGAUUUAAGGGACGGACGCGAGGAUGCUGACCAGAGAGUGGUGGGUGGCUUUGUCACUAAAUUAUUGUGGGCCUGGGAACUAGAUUGUUCUUUGGCGUCAGCAUAAAAUAAUGUCACACACAUCCUACGUAAUAUUGUUAUGAGUGCGUGUCGAUAUCUUAGUUGUCGUUGUUAAUGUUUUUAUUUGAUGCGACCGAUUUCUACAAGCGACAGUCUGGAUGUUGUUUAUUAUUCUGUAAAAUUUUAGUUUAUUAUAAUGGUGUGUGAGCAUAUCAUUACAACAUCCCAUUGCCAAAAAAGUUACCUAACGAUGAUGAUGGUGUAGAACAACCAUUUGUGAUAGUUGGAGACGAGGCAUUUGCCUUGCAUGAAAACUUACUCAGGCCUUACCCUAGAAAAAAUUUAGAUUUGAAGAAAAAAAUAUUUAAUAUGAGACUCACUCGAGCUAGACGUUAUGUGGAAUGCACGUUUGGAAUUCUAGCGAACAAGUGGAGAGUUUUUCAUACGCCUAUUUUAGUUGAACCUGAGUUUGCUACAUUGAUAGUAAAAGCAGCAUGUGUUAUUCACAAUUUUGUUCGUCGUCGAGAUGGUGUAGAAUAUGAAGAUACACUUCACUGUGCAUUUGAAUCUAUUAGUUCUGAAACUAACCUUGCCAGAGGGUCAACAAUUAGUGCAAGAGAUGUCCGAGAUUACUUCGCUACAUACUUUGAUAGCCAAAAAGGAAAAUUAUAUUGGCAGUACAAUGCAGUACAGUACACUAAUAUCUACAAUAAUACCUAUAUUGUUUAGCAGUACUUAUUUUAAAUUUCAAAUACUAACUUACAUUUUUCUUUUUAAAUUUUAAAUUUUAAAUGAACUGUAUUUAGAUAAAGAUGUCGAAAAAACAAAAGUAUGUAUUUAAUUUAAUCGUUUUUAUUUUUUGCAGGUUAUAUAUCUAUUACUUCCUACACAUUUGUUUUGUAUUAACCAUAGCAGUUGCAAAGACAUUUAAUAUACACUAAAAUAUAUUUGUUAUUAAAAAUUAUGAAUCCAUGCAUAUUCAAUUACAGAUUUGAAUUAAAUAAUUUCUAUUAAAUAAUUAAUGUAAUAUAAAUUAGGAUUCAGAUAUUUAUGCAAUUAAAAUUAUUGUUAUACUUAAUAUGCAUUUAUGCACUAAAAAAUUACCAAAUAUGCAUUCGAAAUAUACACUAAAAAUUAUGAAAUAUACAUUUUAAGCUAAAAACACAGCAAAAUAUGCACAGGAAAUUAAUUUUUAUAUUACAUAUUAGUUUAUGUACUAACUAUGUUAAUACGUGGUAAACUGUAUUAGUUAUGUUAUACACAAAUGAAAAAAAAAAAUAAACUCGGUGAAAUUAAUUUUAUAGUUGGUUUAAAUAGUUCGAUUGUUUAAAUUGCUUUUAGAAAAAAAGUUAGAAAAUGUACUGAAAUAUUUUUUAAAUUCCAAAAUAUGCAUUUCAAAUACAAUACUAUAAAAUAUGCAAAAUAACAAUUGAAUUGGUUGAUACAGUAGAACAUGAAUCAAAUUUGUAUGCAAGUCAGCAUUAAACUAAAUAAAUAGAUAAAUAAAUAUAUAUGCAAUUUCAUAAACAUGAAAUAAACCCUGAAUAUAAUUAUUUUAAUAAUAAAUAUUACUCACUAUAGUCAUCUUUUUCUUUUUGAUUAAGUCCAGUCCAGUUUUCAUUUAUACCUUCGGCUACCACAAUCCAUUCUUGUGUUUUUUUGUCUCGGAGUCUGUAUUCUUCACUGGAAGUGUCCCAAAUGCAUGGUCUAUUUUGUAUUUCGGCUAUUAAUCUCUCACAAUCGAUAGCCAUAUUAUUCAUAUUUUUGGUCAUACUAACGGAAAGACAGACGAAACAAUAAUAAUCCAGUCUUACAAAAUAGAUGUCCUUCUCGUACCCCGAUGAAAACUAAUAAUAAUAUUAAUAUAUAGUAAACCCCAUCGAUGUUGUAAAACAAAUGAAAGUAAUGUUGGCAAUGAAUGCUUCGUUUAGCUUUUAUAUGUUUCACAGAGGUACAAAUUUUGGAUUCACAUCAGGAGCGAAUACAAAUGACACCAAAGAAAGUAUUGGAUACUUACCACAGUUGACCUCAUACGAUUAUAAUGCUCCGUUGGAUGAAGCUGGAGACCCUACUGAAAGGUAUUUCAAAAUUAAACGGACACUUGAAGAAGCCAAAUAUGCUGUGACAAACGAGAUAUCACCAAAUCCCGCACCCAAAGGUGCCUAUGGAAAAUUCUAUUUAAGACCUUUGGUUAGCAUAUUUGAAAAGGUUUCUCAACGUAUUAAACCAGUGAUCAGUGAUAUGUUCCUUUACCGUUUGAGGACUUAGAUAUUAACACUGGUUUUGUAAUGAAUGAAACAACAUUAACAGAUGAUCAAAAAAAUGUUGAAAAUCCAGUAAACCUAACUGUGAACACGGUUAGAGAUCGAGCAAUCAUUUACCUGGAUCAAGUACAAGUGGGUACUAUGAAUCGGUUGAAAGCUAAUACUACAAUAAGCUUAAACAUUAACCGUACUGUUCAAAACCUAAGCAUUUUAAUUGAGAAUCAGGGAAGGAUUAAUUUUGAAGACUUUAUUGAAGAUAGGAAGGGAAUUUUUGAUCAAGUGAUUCUCGGAAAUAAAAUAUUAAGUCCUUGGAAAAUGACUGCAUAUACUUUGAAUGAUACAUCAUGGAUUUCUUCAAUCAAAUCAGUUGAAAACAUCAACAGUGUUAAAUUACCAGCAUUUUAUAAAACACAGUUUACAUUACCAGUUAACUAUACAAAAUGUUUAGACACCUAUUUGGACACUUCAUGCUGGACAAAGGAUGUAGUGUUUUUAAACAAUGUAAACCUUGGUCGGUAUUGGCCACUUGGUGGACCUCAAGUUACACUUUAUGUGCCAGCUCCUUUUUUAAAACCAUCACCUUAUGUCAAUACACUAGUGAUAUUAGAACUUGAAGGUACAUCUCAAGAUUUGUCCGUGAAAUUUGUGGAUAAACCUAUUCUUGGUGGUCCUAUAAUGACAUAGAUAAAA